GUCACUCCAACCCAGAGUUGGCUGGAGUCGUGCGGAAACAUCUGACGCUCCAACCACUUCUAUUUCCAGGUCAUCUCUGAGUGACACUAAGUUGUGGAGUGAUGCAAUUGAAGGCUGCACCCAUUUAUAUAAACUCAUUGUUUGAAACACACCCAGCACACUGUCAAUGGACUCACCUGUCACACCUGCUGUUAAAAAAAUGUCCAUUGAAGUGGACAAACCAAAAAAACAAGUUCAGAUUCUAAGAUGGUAAUCAUUGGAAGGUCCUCCUCACAUACACAUCAAUGCAUUGUGCUUCAUGCUGUUCUGGUCCCUCUGUCAAAGUUAUGAAGAAGAGACACGUGAAGGUGAUGAUCUGGAUACUUUCAGUACAAGAAGUGCUCACCCGAAAACAGAAAAAUAGCAAAAAGAUUUGACCAUUUGGGAAUUUGACACUGAGCUGGAUCAAAAAAAACCACCAAUUUACUUGUACUCAAUUGGGUAUAAUUGUGAGUUUUAGUGGGGAAACAAACUUUGCCUGGUCAGCAGCCAGAGAUGAUGUUUUGGGAGAGGUGUGGUGAUUUGCAUCUCUGCUGGAAGACUCCACCCCUAAGAAAAUCAGAUAUAACCCUGAUGGAACCAUCGUACGGACAGUGUUUGCCUCCCUGCCACUUUAAGAAGCUCUGAGAUUCCCUUUCGGAAGUGAACAACAUGAUCAAAAAGGUGUUUAACGAUUCCAUCCAUGGACUGGUGGAGCUUCACCCACUUCUCGUCAAAAUCAUCGACACACCUGAGUUCCAGAGGCUCAGAAACAUCAAGCAGAUGCAUGGUGGUCAUUUUGUGUAUCCUGGCGCGACCCACAACCGCUUCCAACACUCCAUUGGAACCUGCUACUUGGCUGUUACUUUGGGCAUCACAGAAGAAGACGUCCUCUGUGUGGAGAUCGCAGCACUCUGCCAUGAUUUAGGACAUGGGCCCUUUUCACACUUGUUUGAUCAACAGUUCCUGCCCAGAGCCUGGAAAAAGGAAGGACGUGGACAGCAUGGAGAAAACACACUGCCCAAGCAUGAGGACAUGUCAAUCAAAAUGCUCGACUAUCUCUUGGACAAAAAUUGUUUGAGAUGCUCAAUGAUGGAACACAAACUGAAUCUUCCUGGAGACCUCAUCUUCAUCAAGGACCUCAUUCUGGGCAAAAAGGAGGAGAGUGGAGAGCGGAGAGACAAGCAAUUCCUCUUUGACAUCGUGAGCAACUCUGCCAAUGGCAUUGAUGUCGACAAGUGGGACUACUUUGCCAGGGACUGCCACCACCUGGGCAUCAAGAACAACUUUGACUACAGCCGCCUCCUGCUGUCUGCCAGAGUGUGUGAAGACAGGAAACAAAUCUGCUACAGAGAUAAGGAGAUGUCCAACAUCUACGACAUGUUCCGCACAAGGUACAUGCUCCACAAGAGAGCUUACCAACACAGCGUCUGUGCUGCCAUCGAAGAAAUGAUCACUGAUGCCUUUUUGGAGGCAGAUGAACACUUCCAAGUGAAGGGAUCAAGAGGCAACAUGUUCAAGCUCUCUGAAGCCAUCACUGACAUGGAGGCCUACUCCAAGCUGACAGAUCACGUGUUUGAAGAGAUCCUCUACUCUUCGGAUCCACAGCUGGAACAAGCGAGAGCUAUUCUGCGCAGAAUAGUCACACGAGACCUCUACAAACUUGUGGGAGAAGGUGUGCAGGCAAAUGAUGGUGACUUGCAAGCAUGUAAAACGGCACUCACUGAGCGGUUGGGAAUGGAGAUGAUGAGGGAUGUUGUUGUCAAGCCGGCUGACAUUAGCUAUGGAAUGAAGAGAAAGAUCAAUUACAAAUUCUACCACAAGACUGCACCAGACACAGCUGUUGCACUCAUGCCAACGGCGUCUUCUCCGACUAAUCCAAGGACCUUUUCUGAGAAACUGAUACGGGUCUACAUCAAGAAGAGCAACAUCAGGGAUGAUGUGAAGGCGGCAUUUGAAGAGUGGCGCCAUGAAAUGGGAUUGGUGGAACCAAGUGUGGAAGUUGAGGAAGCAUGAGGACGCCAGCGGUGGCACAGGCCAUGAUGACCUCCACCACUCCGAAACACAGAAGACAGUCAACGAAAAAAGACUUCAUAAGAAUAUAUCAUGAGUAAUGGGUGUUUUUUGCAUGCUCUGGUUCAAUCAGGUUUUUGGACAGUUAUGUAGUUUGGGUGACACAGAUCAUCAUUGUGAUUGAGAGGGAAGGUUCUGGUGCUUUAUUUACACAUUUAUUCUCUUGGGUUCAUGUUGCUGCAUCCACUGCUCACAUCUGAUUCAUGCUUUUACUGAUCUCAUGUAUUGAUGUCUG